AUGGAUUCAGGUGUGUUUAGCAUGUAUCGAAUGCUUUGUGGCCUCUUGGUCUUUUGCCCUCUUGUCCUUGGCCAUACCGGCCAUCAUCACCUUCACAAACGUCAUCAUCAACAUUCCCACCACCAUGAUGGUAUGGAAGCUCGAAGUGACAUUUCCAUCAGCGAUGCGGAAUCCGCUGUUGAGAAAGCUCUUGCUGCGCUGGCUGAGAUCAACAAGGCCCGUGUCGAUCAUCCCUCUUUCAACAAAUACGAGAUGGUAGAGGACUCUGACUUGUCGCUUGCUGGUCCAUUGGACUAUUCUUCCAAUUCGACCAAGGCAAAACGAGACACCGGAGCCGCACCAUAUGUCAUUCCCUCGGAACUCCAAGAUGCGGCCCGUACUCUCGCCGAGUCUAAGCCCCAGAAGCCAUCAGGAGACCAUGCUCAAGUCGCUGCGAGGAUUAAAGCAAAGUAUGAUCACAAAAACAACGAUACCAAUUCUCCAGAUCCACUGGAUCGCCCUGACGGCCGUUUGGGUGAGUUUGGUCCUGAUUCCAAACAAAAAGUCAUGGAGAGGGCAGCGGGAUACUGGACGGUCGAUAUGCCACAAUUGGGACUCGCUCCAUAUGCCCCAAAAGGAUACAAGGCAAGUGUGCGGAGAAAUGUAAAGGAUUUCGGCACAAAGGGUGAUGGCAAGACUGACGACACUGCUGCCAUCAAUCGAGCCAUAUCAGAUGGCCAGAGAUGUGGUCCGGAAUGCGGUGCCAGCACAAAGGUCCCUGCUUACUACAACACCCAAUUCUUAGGAGAUGUGAGUCAAGAGCACAAUGUGCCAACUAUCCUCGCGGCAUCCAGUUUUGUCGGGUUGGGUGUCAUCACAAGUGACGUCUAUAUCACUGACGAUCAACAAUGGUAUCUCAACACCGCCAACUUUCUGCGCAGCAUUCGGAACUUCAAGAUGGAUAUUCGCCUUACGAAUCCGACUGCAUACGUCUGUGCUAUUCACUGGCAGGUUGCUCAGGCAACAUCUCUAGAGAACAUCGAGUUCUAUAUGUUAUACAACUCUGAGGUUCCGAGUAAUACUCAGCAGGGCAUAUACAUGGAAAAUGGGUCCGGCGGCUUUAUGGCGGAUUUGACCUUCGUCGGAGGUAAUUUUGGUGCCUAUUUCGGAAAGCAGCAGUUCACUACAAGCCAUUUGGUAUUUGUCAAUUGUAACACAGCUGUUCAGGUGCACUGGGACUGGGCAUGGACUAUGCACGACUACGUUAUUGAGAGCUGCGGGAGCGGUUUGGUUGUCGUGGGUGGCGCCGGUGGACUGGAAUCGAGUGGUCAGAGUGUUGGAUCGCUCAUCUUGGUGGAUUCCAUUAUCGCCAAUACCCCCAAGGGUAUCGUCAGCUCGCUAGUCGGCGAAAACUCGACAUCGUUUCUAUUACAAAACGUUGGCUUCUUCAACGUCAAGCAGUCCGUUACCGAUGCGACCAAGAAUAAGGUGCUCGUCGCGGGAGGUAAUGAAGUCGUCCUUAAGAGCUGGGGCUUCGGUCAGAUCAAAAAUGCUACUUCAGACACUGGCUUCUUUGUCAACGGAGAUAACAUUCCUGCUAUGAACCGUUCCAAGUCGCUUCUAGGAUCUCAGUACGAUAAGCUACAACCGAACCUUUUUUCGCGACGUCGACCCAAGUACUAUGAUGAACCCAAGAACGAUACCAUUGUGCUGAACUCAAUUCUCUCUGGAGCAGCAAAUACCUCAUCUAUUGUGUAUUUCCCAUACGGCGUCUACAUCGUUACAGAUACUCUUCGAGUCCCAAUCGGAUCACGCAUCAUUGGUCAGGCGUGGUCACAGAUUAUGGGAAAAGGCUCUAACUUCCAAAACGAGCUCAAGCCAAGGGCAGUCGUGCAAGUUGGAAGACGCGGUGACGUCGGCAUUAUUGAGAUACAGGACAUUAUGUUCACAGUCAAUGGAGCUACAGCUGGAGCGGUUGUAGUCGAAUGGAAUGCCAGGGAAGCCACACAAGGCUCAGUGGGUCUAUGGGACUCUCACAUCCGCGUUGGCGGUGCUGCAGGCUCUGACUUGCAGUACACCAACUGCCCCAAGUUAUUUGGCUCCGUCAAUCCCAAGUGCAAAGCGGCAUCGACACUUUUCCACCUUACACCUGGCUCAAGCGCUUAUCUGGAGAAUGCGUGGAACUGGGUUGCUGAUCAUGACCUUGAUAGAAAAAACAGAGAUCAGGUCGAUGUCUAUGUCGCCCGAGGCAUGUUGAUCGAAAGCGAUCUAGCCUACCUUUGGGGUACAGCUUCAGAGCACUGUUUCUUUUAUCAGUAUCAGCUUUCCAACGCCAGUAACAUUCUCAUGGGCAUGAUACAGACUGAGACACCUUAUUAUCAGCCAACUCCCCAAGCACCUAAGCUCUUUGAAGCAAGCGUUGGUCUCUUCGCCAACGAUCCUACUUUCAAGGAAUGCAAGGACGACCGCUGCCGCAUGUCGUUGGCGGUCCGCAUUCUGGAUUCUACUGCCGUCUACAUCCUAGGAACUGGUCUGUAUAGCUGGUUCUAUAACUACAAACAAGACUGUGUCAAAACACAAAACUGCCAGACGAAAGGAUUCGAGGUUGAGGAGAGCUAUGAUCUCUGGGUCUAUAACCUAUGCACCAAAGCCAUUAUUGAAAUGGUGUCUCCUCUAAAUAGCACUCCUACAUAUGCUCGCGAUAACGUCAAUGGCUUUCUGUCGUCUAUUCUUGCAUGGCUACAAGGUUCGAAGGAGGUAGCAGGGAAAAGAGCGUUUCCAGGUUUCCUCAUCUACCAGCCCGAUGAUGUUAUUGAGUUUGAUGUUCCGGAAAACUGCCAGACAGCCCUUACACAACGUGUCUUGUGUGACUGGGACGUGUCGGACUUCACCCAACCAAAGUAUCGAGGGUCACUCGAAAGCAAAAAUGUUAUCAGCAAGUUUACAAGCGUCUCUGACUACACGAAAAUGCCGCGAGAAGAGAUGUGCGAGACAUGCUACGUUAAACGGCUUGCGAUGAUGCAAGCUUCUCCGUAUUCAAUCUACGACGACUAUUACGAGAGACAACUUCAGUAUAUUUAUACCAAAUGCGGCCUUAAAGGCAACACGACAGUACCAAACUCAUUGACGCCUGAGCUAGAGGACAACUCUCUUGACUGUGUCACGGAUGAGUGGUACACGACUAGCACCGGCGAAACUUGUGACUCGAUUGGACUCAAGCGCGGCGUAUCAUCAGCUUCUCUCUUCAUUGUGAAUCAAUACCGCCUGCCCAACUGCAGCGCAGAUGCAGUGAUUGAGCCCGGUACCAAGCUCUGCAUGCCUGCACAGUGCGACCGUGUUCAUCAGCUGCGAACUGAGGAGGAUUGCCAUCUACUUGAAUCUAAUGCGACCAACGAACUGCUUGAGGGGGAUGUACAGCUUUAUAACCCGUGGGUCGGUUACAAUUGCAUCAAGCUGCAGGAAUUCACUGCCGCAUAUGGGAACAUUAUAUGCUUCGGCCCUGAAUUCGAACAGAACAAUACCUCAUCCGACAGCACCGAUACUACCACGCCUCAGCCAUUCAACCCAUACACCUACGACAAGAUUGCCCCUCCUACGGGUGCGAAGGUACCCCAAGGUACAACGGAACGCUGCGGCCGGUGGUAUGUUGCAGGCAAGGAAGACUCGUGCGCUCAUAUUUGUGCUGUUUCAAGUAUAGAUAUCGAUUUGUUGUUCAUGGUCAAUACCGGACUGGGCACCGACGCAGCGGCAUGCUCAGCGAAACUCGUGGCUGGCAACGCGUACUGUGUAGGGCCGAACCAUGACUGGAAGGAUCCUUAUCCCCAAAGAACUUCAGUUUCUACAACAAUUUACAUUACAGACGGUUAUGUCUGGCCUGCUGAGACAGGUGAAUGA